UGCAAGAAAGAAAGAAAAGGACGAGAAACAAAAAGGUUGUGUUUCUGAGUUUAACAUAAGUAAGAAAAGAACAGAAACUACCUCUCUCUCCGAAAUUAAGGUGGCUGUGUUCAUCACUUCAUUGUAAACUAUCAUAGUUAUCGGAAUGUGUUCCCCACGCGCUCUCUCCGUUUCACUCUCUCUGUUUCUUCUUCUAGCACUUGUUUCAGCUCAAACUAAGAGAUCUGUAUGGAACACACUCACAGGAAGUCCACCACUGGUCAUCUCACAUGGUGGUUUUUCGGGCAUAUUUCCUGAUUCUAGUGACUCUGCUUAUAUUUUGGCCGCAGCAACCAGCACACCCAAUGCCGCUCUAUGGUGUGAUGUGCAAUUGACGAAAGAUGCAGUUGGGAUUUGCCUUCCAAAUCUCAAUCUUUUAAACUCUACUAACAUUUUCGGUGUAUUCCCAAAUAAAACUACGAGUUAUUUGGUUAAUGGUGAAUCCACAGCUGGCUAUUUUUCUGUGGAUUACAGCUUCGAGGACCUAUCCACUGUCACUGUAACUCAGGGAGUAUUCAGUAGGUCACCUCUUCUCGAUGGCAAUAAUUUUAUAAUUAAUACCGUCGAUGAAGUACUCAAAUUAGUUGCCCCACAAACACCAGGUUUGUGGUUGAACAUUCAGCAUGAUGCGUUCUACUCGCAACACAAUUUGAGCAUGAGAAGCUUUGUACUUGCAGUUUCUAGAAGACUGCAUGUCAGUUAUAUUUCAUCACCUGAGGCUGGUUUUCUGAGAAGUAUUACAAAACGCUUCAACCCAAAAACAACGAAACUUGUCUUUAGGUUUCUCAAUCAGGAAGACACUGAUCCAUCAACCAAUCAGACUUAUGGUUCAUUCUUAAAAAAUCUUACGUUUAUCAAGACGUUUGCUUCUGGAAUUCUUGUUCCCAAGGGAUACAUAUGGCCUGUAGAUGCUAGUCUUUAUCUACAACCACAUACCUCUUUGGUCUCAGACGCGCAUAAAGCGGGGCUGGAAGUAUUUGCAGCAGAUUUUUCAAAUGAUAUUGUUAUUAGCUAUAAUUACAGUUUCGAUCCUCUUGCUGAAUCCCUCCAAUUCAUUGAUAACGGCGAGUUCACCGUUGAUGGUGUGCUGACUGAUUUUCCUUUAACUCCAUCCGCAGCAAUAGAUUGCUUUGCUCACAUAGGCAACAAUGCUACAAGAAGAGAUAAAACCUUGAUUAUCUCAAAGUAUGGAGCAAGUGGAGAUUUUCCAGCUUGUACCAACUUAGCAUAUAACAAGGCCAUACAAGAUGGUGUGGAUGUUCUCGACUGUCCUGUUCAAUUGUCAAAGGACGGAACACCAUUUUGCUUAAAAUCAAUUGAUCUUCUAGAGAGUACCACAGUUGCUCAAACUAGCUUCAGCGAUUUAGCAAUGAGUGUCCCUGAGAUUAAAUCUGGCCGUGGCAUAUUUUCAUUCAACUUGACGUGGUCCGAUAUAAAAGGACUGACCCCCUCAAUAUUGGCCCCUUUCUCAAAAUACACAUUGUUCAGGAAUCCAAAAGCCAAGAACGCUGGGACAUUUUUAACAUUAUCAGAUUUCUUGUCGUUAACUAAAAAUCAGACUUCUCUAUCAGGCGUCUUGAUCAUUGUUGAGAAUGCAGCCUAUCUUGCAGAAAAGCAGGGAUUAAGUGUGACCGAUGUUGUCAUUAAGGCUUUAAGUAAUGCAGGUUAUGAUAAACCAGGGAGCCAAAAAGUUUAUAUCCAAUCCACUAAUAGCUCUGUACUACUGAAGUUCAAGGAGAAAACCAAAUACGAGCUUGUCUACCAGAUUGACGAGAGUGUCGGUGAUGCUACCAAUGCAGCUGCUGAGGAUAUAAAAACAUUUGCCAGUUCUGUGGUUAUCAAUAAAAAUUCAGUAUAUCCUCAGAAUGCCGGCUAUGUAACCACCAAAACAAACAUUGUGGAAAAGCUACAAGCUUCUAAGCUCUCAGUUUUUGUAGAAACAUUCAGCAAUGAGUUUGUAUCUCAGGCGUUUGAUUUCUUCUCAGAUUCAACUGUGGAGAUCAACUCGUUUAUUCAGGGUGCAGGAAUUAACGGGGUCAUUACAGACUUCCCUAAAACUGCUCAUAGAUACUCAAGAAACAAAUGCCUAAACUUGGGUAAUAGUACACCUCCCUACAUGCAACCUGUUGAAGCAGGUAGUCUUUUUGGAGUCAUUAGCAAUACGUCAUUGCCUCCAGCUAUGGCUCCACUCCCUCCCUUGACUAAAGAUGAAGUGGUAGAGCCACCUCUGCCUCCUGUUGCUAAAAUUGCUCCAGCGGCUAGCCCUGCUGCCGGAACCAAGUCCCCACCCGGAAACGCACAGCCUAAGGUUUCUGCUUGCUUCUUCUUGUCAAGUCUUGCUGUGUUUGUAGCUUCUAUUCUUCUGCUUUGAGUGAAAUCAUCUCGUCACUUUCUGUCAAAAAAGCUAAACCAAAAAGAAGAAAAAAGAAAGAAAAAGGAGAAGGCCUCUUUGCUGGUUUCAACCAUCUAUUUCCUCAUGAUCUCUGCUAGGAUAGUGGCAUGACACUUUUGGCUUCACACUGCAUGAAUAAUCCACAAUUUUUAUUUAUUUUUAACUUAGGAGCAAAUUCUUUUCAUUGUAGCUAUGCAUGUUCAUUCUAAGUUCUCCAAUUGCUUCUUGGGUUUGUACUAUUAGUACAAAAUCCUUGGUGGUGUAUAUCUACGGACUACGAAUUCAUCAUCUUAGAUGUUUAUCUUGUAUCAUAUAUUUAUAAUUGUAUUUGUUGGUGUGCAUUUGGCAUUAGAUAAACAAGUUGAGGUUCGGAUGAAUCUUUUUUGAGAACA